AUGCAGUACAGGGCCAACUACACAAGGGAGCAAGUCUCUGGCCCUCGGGCAAGCGGCAAACCGCACAAGGCGCCAGCCAGGUUGGCUGAGGGGCAAUUCGAUCCAGACGAGCUCACGCGACGUCUGUAUCUCGUGUUGGCCGAACAAAAAGCACAGGCACAACGGAGGCAGAGGGCACGUGGAGAACCAUCAAGCCGGAAAUAUGGGCUCGGCCGGCCCUCUGGCACUCGCAAUCGCGAUAGUGCCAGGCCAGGCGAAGAAGCAAGGCCAAAACCCAACGAACCAUCCGCGGACGUCAACACGGAACUGAGGAGAUCCGAGUCGGCCAAGCGCGAGACCUCUCACCCGGCGCCCGCCCCAGACGCCCCAGCGACCCAACCAGAAGCAUACCAUCACGUGCCCAAAGAAGCCGCCAAACAGUUCACGCGGACAACCACAGUCGAAAACAUGCGCAGCAACAUCGACCUCGUACACAAGCUCUCCAAACGGGCCCUCAUGUUCCACCUCGAAGGGCCUUCCAAGACACUCCGCGCCGGCCCAGCCGGGGGUCCCAAGCCGAAUCUCUCACCCGCCGAGCUCUCGCGCGUCCUCCAACAAAGCCAAACCCAGCGCGCUGCGCACCUCGACCGUAACCAGUUCCAGCGCACCCGCAUCCUCAAAGAAGCCGCACGCCUAGACCACUCCCAACAGCACCCCCACCAGUCCCACUACAAACACACCUUCCAAGACGAACUCUCCCGCAUCCUACCACACAGCAGCGGCAGCACCAACACCGACACCAAACCCGCCCGUCGCAACAGCACCGGCACCGACCCCUUCUCCCCAACUCACGACGCCUCCACCAGCCAACACAACCGCCGCUCGUUGUUGCUGCUCCCAACGGACCACCGGAACAGCCUGACGCUGGACCCCCUCUUCGAAGACAGGACGCCGCCUCCCGAGGACCUAAGCCGCUUCCCACCGCCCGACCGUGCCCGCGUCGACUGGACGCAAAGCGACGAGCCGCACGCUAGCAGCAGCCGCGGCGGCGGGGGCCCGAAGCUGCUGCUCCUUUCGCCUCUGCUGCGCAAGGCCGAUUCGCUUUGGGCGUUGAGAGGGCGAAGGGGAAGUCGGGAUUCGUCAGGUUCGGGGUCGGGAUCUGGUGGGGGGGAAGGGGCUGAGAAGGGGGAGGGUGCCAAAGGGGGUGGAACCGAGGAUGGAGGCGAGUCGCCUAUUGCGAAGGCCGGCAAGGGGUUCUUUGGGAGGUUUAAACGUUAA